UGGAAGAAAACUUCGCACAACAACGAGUUAUUUAGAGUUGGUCUCAAUACCCAAUGUUAAUAUACUAAAAUAAUCAUUUUUAAAAACUGGGCCGAAGGAAAGUUCUCUAUGUCUGUUACAAACACAGUCAUGGAGUCUUGGAAGAGUCACGUGCGGUUAGAGCUGUUUCACAGGGACUGCAGGGAGAGAGAUCCUUUCUCUGGCCUUUAUGGCAAGGUGUCCAGGCUGGAGGAGAUGCUGGACUUUCACAUGAAGCUCUGGAAGGACAUGGAUACAUUCAGGUCCAAAACCAAUAAGAGAUGUCCAGAUGAAGGUGGCACGCUUUAUCUGCGAGUGAAUGAAGUGGAGUUUCUUAAUCAGCAGCUUAAGCAGACCAUCUCAGAGCUGACCAGCAGUCUAUACCUGAAGGAGGCGGAGUUACAGUACUGUCAUUCCCAAAUUACCCGCUACAGGACAGAAGCGGUUGUGUUGGCCCAGGGAGCUUCUUCACUACAGGCAGAUCUUGCAGCAUAUGAGUAUCAACUGGAGUGUCAAUCAAAAGAACUAUCAGCCCUGAGAUUGGAGCACCAGACAGUGAAGGAGGAGCUUACUGCUGUGAACCUACAGAAAGAGCAGUUUCUAGACCGCUGGUUAGAGGAGAAAAAAGAAGAAGCCAAGAGGAUUAACAAACACAAUGCAACACAAGAAAGGUGGCAGCGUUUAGCCUGUCGACUGAAGAAGCGUUAUCGUGCCCGGUCUCGUCCACCAGCAUGUGUAGCCAACAGCACCUCAGAAAUUAAAACUAUGGAGUCUCAACAUCAACGUCUGCCUUCUUAAGACUUCUCUGUGACACAUUCUCUGUACAAUCUUGGGAAUUGUUUUAUUAUAAUCAUUUAAAGUGAUAGUUCAUCCAAAAAUGAAAAUUGUGUCAUCAAUUAACUCACCCUCUUUUAAUUUCAACCCUGUAUGACUUUCUUGCUUCCCCAUAACACAAAAGAUAUUUUGAAGAAAGUUGGUAACCAAACAGCAUCGGACCCCAGUCCAGUUAACAGCAUUUUUCAAAAUAUCUU